CACAUUCUCAUCACCGUCACUUCAUUAUUAUUCAUUCAGCUCCACUCUAAAGAGAGUGUGAAUUGAACUUCAUUCAACAAAUUAAAAGAGAAAUUAUAACAAAAAAAAAAAUAAUUAAUGGAGGGAAAGGAACAAGAUGUGUCAUUGGGAGCUAACAAGUUCCCAGAGAGACAGCCGAUCGGGACGGCGGCGCAGAGCCAAGACGAUGGGAAGGACUACAAGGAGCCACCACCAGCUCUGCUAUUUGAGCCUUCAGAACUGACCUCGUGGUCGUUCUACAGGGCCGGAAUAGCGGAGUUCGUGGCCACUUUCCUCUUUCUAUAUAUCACAAUCUUGACGGUUAUGGGAGUGAAUAGGUCUUCUUCCAAGUGCGCCACUGUUGGUAUUCAAGGAAUUGCUUGGUCCUUUGGUGGCAUGAUCUUUGCCCUUGUUUACUGCACCGCUGGCAUUUCUGGUGGUCAUAUUAACCCGGCAGUGACAUUUGGUUUGUUCUUGGCGAGGAAGUUGUCUUUGACGAGGGCAGUAUUCUAUAUGGUAAUGCAGUGCCUUGGAGCAAUUUGCGGUGCUGGAGUUGUUAAGGGCUUCGAGGGCAAAACCUUCUACGGCAGCCACAAUGGCGGUGCCAACUUCGUCGCCCCUGGUUACACCAAAGGCGACGGUCUUGGCGCUGAGAUUGUUGGCACCUUUAUUCUUGUCUACACCGUCUUCUCUGCCACCGAUGCCAAGCGCAACGCACGAGAUUCUCACGUUCCACUUUUGGCACCAUUGCCAAUUGGGUUCGCUGUGUUCUUGGUUCACUUGGCUACUAUUCCCAUCACCGGAACCGGUAUCAACCCUGCUCGGAGUCUUGGUGCUGCGAUCAUCUUCAACAAAGACCUCGGUUGGAAUGACCAUUGGAUUUUCUGGAUGGGUCCUUUCAUUGGAGCAGCUCUUGCGGCUCUCUAUCACCAAGUUGUGAUCAGGGCCAUGCCUUUCAAAUCUAGCUAAGCACUGAAUGGAUCCAACGGCUCUCAUCGUUUUUUCCCUCCUUUUCAAUUAAGCUUUUUCUAUUUUUCUAUUUUUCUGUUUCUAUUUUGAAUGUAUGUAUAUUAUGUAUUAUGUAAUGAAAUAUCAUCAUUUAGAGGUGGUUGUUGCAUGUUGUGUUAUGUGUAAUGGGGGCCAAUUUUCCUAUACUUUUAAGUUGGAAGAUGACCCAGCUCAUCAUGUGAUGUAUCCCUUUGGACUUUGGUUGCGCUGUGUGCACUACUUUAUCAAAUUAAAUCAAAAAAAUAGUAUGCUUCCCUCUUUAA